UUCUUCUUCUUCCCUACCCCGCCCUACGACGUUAGCAUCACAAAUUUUGGGCCGCCACCAUACCUCGCACCGGAGAGCCUUUUAUCCCACUGCCUCGCACCACCAUCGCCCACUCAAAUAGAUCCACGGCGGCACAAAUCUCACCCGGUUUCAUGCGGUAUCGAGCGAGAAUGACUAGUUUGAAUCCGAGCACGCGCGCAAGGGCGAUGUGAAGCUUGUGUGUUCGGGAGAUUCCGAUCCCCUUUGCCUGUAUUGCAUGAUGUCGGGUGGCGUAUGGGGUCGUGCUCUCGAGGAUUGGGUGUUAAGGUGUUGCUCAUUGGGCGCCAGGUGAUGAGUUGUUGCUCAUCGAUCCACGCCGCGGUUGAAGUGGGAUCAGAUGUAACAACUGGUUGAUCUCAAGGAAGGGGGUGCAUAGAUUGAUGUUCUUGUUGGAGAAUUACUUGUCGAACGGUCUUUCUCUUAUGAACCUUGUUGGAUCUGCUCCCCUGGCAUCUUGAGAAAGACAGAAAGUGUCCAGAUAUGUCAAGAACAAGUGCACAGCGAGUGCGCGAGAACUAGUUACAUACUUCAGGGGAGGUCUCACGUAUCCAGCUCUCGGUUCUAUUACAAGUCUGAGAGCACAUGUACUCCUCUACUGAAGGGUUAUAUAUAUCUUCUCUUUCAUGGAGAAUCAGGUGUGCAGAGCUGCUUUGUUUUUUUUAAACCAUCAGGUCGGGAUUUGAGAUGCAUGCAUGUGGAAAAAGGUUCGAGCUUAGCGAGCUUGCUUAUGUAGUAAUUGGCGGGAUGAGCCUAAUAUACCGUUCUUUGUACACCUGAGUGCACCAGAUAAUUCAGUGUUCCUCUUGAAGGCACAAGUUCUUACUGAUAGCUCCUAGUUGUCUAAAUUCGUGCUCCCAACUUCUCAAAAAAGCGAUUUGUGAAUAAUUCACGAGAGUUCCGAAGUUGAAAUUGGGGUUUGGUUUUGGAGAACCUUCGUUUUAGGAUCAUUACCUUGUGAUAUCCAGAGGUUGAUGUUGACACAGAGUUGGUUCGCUUCAGAGGAAGUCUUAGUUCUUCUCACCGUCGGUACGCAUGUUCUGGGGUCGACGUGCAUCAGUCUCUUUUAGUCACAGUUGCGCGUCAAGGCAGCAGCAGGAAGCUCCAGGACAAGGCUCUCCCUUCGAACCGUUUGACACUUGGCAACCUGAACUUGAGCGGCGUAUGCACAAGCAUCUCAUGAGCGAUUGUUGUUGUUAAGGAGGUUGCAGUGGGGAAAUAACUCGCACUAUAUAUGUAGACUGAGCAUCAUAAUUGCUGCAGCAUCUGAGAAGACGGGUGGCGUGAAGCACAAGCUUUGUCACACUUGAAGGAAGUGAGGAGGAGUUCAAACACGAGAUGUAUAAGUACUAUGUUGAGCUAGUCAACGGGAAAGUGAGCGUCCUUCGUAUGAAGAUGUUAUCUUAGGAAGAUUUCCACGAGGAAUUCAUCGAUCGAAGCAGUUUUUGUUGGACAAAUGCAGAAGCUUGUGAAACCAAUGGUCACCGAAUUUCUCUAUCCAGUCCCACUUGUUCUCACGCAUUGCCCUUCCAUACUCUCCUAUUCGUCCAACCAGACCCGGUGUUGUCAAAAUCACCCAAUUUAGCUCAAAUUGAGUCCUGCGCUCCCUCGUGUCCAAACAAGAGCGACCAUCUCAUGGAAUAAGUGGUAGGCUUUGGCCUGGCCAUUGUCUCAACCCAAUUCAUUACGAGAAUAGGAUAAGUCACUGUUAGAGAAGCUUCACUAGAUCUUACCACGUAUAGUUUACUUACAUAUUUGUAUAGCAGAUAACCUAGGCUUCAUCGUUAAGAAGUCCUGUAGUACUUUUUUCUCAUACUCGCUUCUACUCGGAGAUAUACAUGUAUCAUUGUGCUGGUGUAUAUACAUGCUUGUUUUAAAUCCAGUUUGAACUUAAUUUCUGGUGUCACAACUUGAUAGUUGCAGUAUUAUGCUGCUUUGAGAUAAAAUAGUCGGCCAGUUGAAGGAAUCCUAUACAAGGUAUUUAGAGGUUCUUGGCUCUACAAAAGCAACAUAAAAUAACCUCAGCAGAAUUUUCAGGCAUUUUGUGAAGUAGAUAUAGAUAUGGUGAUAUUAGCAUCACCUACUGGAGGGCCGGUGACCCAACUCCAACUGCCACCAGGGUUCCGGUUCCAUCCCACCGACGAAGAGCUGGUGCUGCAUUACCUGUGUCGGAAGGCCGAGUCUCAUGUCUUCGCAAUUCCUGUCAUUGCGGAAAUUGACCUGUACAAGUUCGACCCUUGGGACCUUCCUGGAAAAGCAAUAUUCGGAGAGAGAGAAUGGUAUUUCUUCAGCCCACGAGACAGAAAGUACCCAAAUGGAGCCAGACCCAACCGAGCAGCUGCCUCUGGGUACUGGAAAGCCACAGGAACGGACAAGCCAAUUCACACGUCCGUGGGAGGCAUUCGAAAGAUUGGAGUGAAGAAGGCCCUCGUGUUCUACAAAGGCCGUGCUCCCAAAGGUGUCAAGACCAACUGGAUUAUGCAUGAGUAUCGGUUGGCAGAGGGUGUAUGUGCUUCUGUACAUGCUCACAGAAAAGGAUCCCUUCGGUUGGAUGAUUGGGUGUUGUGCCGGAUCUACAAAAAGAGUACAAAUGCACAGCGUACUGGCAAGGAGCGUGAUAGCUCUUCUUGCGUCGAAGAGGUGCUAGCUUCGUUGCCUGAAAUUGGCGAACCCAAGCUAGCCCUACCCCGCCUGGGCUCCUUCACUGGAUUUUCCGAACCCGAUGACAAUCAUUUCGUAGAGGGUUUACUGACUGGAGAAAACAAAUCAGUGGAAGUAGAAUCAUCGCCCGAGUUCAAGAGGAACAUUCUAAGUCUUCAGAGAGGACUGCAACCCCACCAAGGGACCGUGGGCAGCCACACAUUGUUGGGGUUCAAUUCAAAGCUGCCGUUCGGCUCGAAGAUGGCCCGGUCCAUGGAUGGGCUGUUCGACAACCAGCAGUUCGACAAGUUCAAUCGACAAGUACUGGAGCUCGGGCCGACUUCCUCCCAGAGACCUACGACUCUUAGUCUGCGACAGCCCGCUUCAGACAGCGCCAUGCGUCAAGUGGAGAAUGUUCUCAUGCCCCUCCGACCUGGCGUGGGGACGAUGCCUGAGAAUAGAGCGAUCUCCGAUGAGGAGGUCCAGAGCACGUUCCGGUCAACCUCGAUUGGCCAGUUCUCUGGUGCCAGUAACAACGAAGGUCUGGAGUCUAUCUUCUCCUUCAACUACGAGCAGCCGCGCGCGACCAUCAAUGCACUGCUUCCUGGUUCAACCACAGGUCCCAACACUGAAUUAGGAUUUUCAGGAGGUAGCUUGAGCGCUAGCCCACCUCAAUACACCAGAGCUCGCGCACCUAAUUACAGUUACAACCCUUCAGCGUGAGAUCAGCAGUUAACCCAGUGACCAGUUAAGUAGUGUAAUCUGCAGGCUGCCAUGACGAUCAUGCAUAUGGUUGUAGUGUGCAUAGAGCAGAUUGGAGUUCGACUUGAAUUAGCGGCUAAAUUAGUUCGUUGCUGUGGUCAUAGCUAGCCUCCCGAGCAAAAGAAACGAUGACACAUUCACUCAUGACCUUUACGCGGGUUCUCUGACCAGGGAAGUCCACCCAAGUCAUGCAGUGACAAAGAUAUGGGUAGUCCAGUAUAUAUGUAUGCACAAUCACCAUAGUAGAUUCAGGAAAUUGUGACAUUAUAGACAAUGAGGUAAACAGGACAGAGGCAAGGAGGAGUCACAAUCAUUUCAUUACAAGAUUUAGUUCGGAAUGCUCAAUCCAGAUGUCUGGCUUCGUAAUUGGUUGUUACAAGAACCCCUGAUUAUAAAUAGUGAUACAUAUUGAAGAAAAAAGCUUGUACAGAAUUGAACUUGAAUGGUCUAGGAGUUGAUAGAAUAGCAGAUUAUAAACCAAGACCACACCACUGUAAGAUGGCUGUUUUGUCAGUAAUUCCAAGUUGGCUAGUAUUAACAGGA